UUGACACACACCAGGUGAAAGAGGUUCUCUUGAUCAAUGUCUCCCAGUCACAAGGAAUAAAAUCACCCACAGUGUCUGCAGCAAGCAUUCAGUCAUGAUGGCUUUCUUUUGGCAAGGUGCACUGCUUUUGAGCCUGGCAGCUGCCAUGUCGGUACAUGCAGACAUGACACUGGACUGCAGGCCGGAUUUGGUGACGCUGGUGUGGACAGAGAGCAGAGCCCAGGCCGACAUGUCGCUCUUUCGUCUGGGGAGCUGUUUCCCCACCAGCCUAUCAGUCGGGGAGGCUGUUUUCAGUGUGGAUUUAAAUGACUGUAACUUCAGGAGGCUGGUUACUGGGAAUCAUCUCAUGUACACCAACGAUCUGACCUACCUUUCCUCUCCUGGUUCUCACAUUGUGGGCUUCACUCACCCGGUUGUCUGUGCAUAUGAGAGGCCCAAAGACUGGUACCCUUCGAUUUAUGACCCGGUGUUUCAUACCUACGGUCUGGGAGCUCUAGUGUUCCACAUUGGACUUAUGAAUGAUGACUUCUCAGGCCCCGCUGAAUCUGCCAGCUUUCCUCUGGGCUCCUUUAUCCCCAUCAUGGCUAGCGUGGCGCAGAAGACCCAUCAGCCCUUGCUGCUGCUGCUUGAGGAAUGCGUAGCGGCUACCACACCAGAGCUGCAGCCGGAAAGCAUCAUAUACCCGAUAAUCACCAAUAAGGGAUGUCUUGUGGACAGUAUGAUAUCGCGCUCAAAAUUCGAACCAAGGCAAAAAUCAUCGGAAAUCCGCCUAUCCCUUCAAGCCUUUAGGUUUGGUCUCGGAGAAGAGGUGUUUAUCCACUGCAAACUUGUGGCUUGGGAUCCCAAUGGUCUUGACAACACCAAGAAGGCCUGCCACUUUGUCAAAGAGCAAGGUUGGGAGCUGCUGGACAACACCGCACAUAGUAAUCUUUGCGACUGCUGUGAAUCCAGCUGCAAGUCCAGGAGGAUGAGGAGUAUAUCAUCAGGGAAGUAUGGAAUGGUACAAAACGCAGUCCUUGGGCCACUUAAAAUCACUGAUGUGAAUUCCUGAAGUAUCUCAAGGAAUGAAUCAUCGUACAGACUGGUUCCUGCAAUCUGAAUUGGGUUUUUAUUCUUGGUUUUGUAAGCUUCUAAAAGCUCGGUGCCUGUCUCUCUGCAUUUCAGAUCGUAAUGAAGCCAUUAAAGAUGUUGCAAAAC